AUGCCGUCUGAUAUUCGGAGCUUCUUCGGAGGCAAGCCAGCACAGGCUUCGAGCACUGCUCCCAAGCCCGCAAAAGAGUAUCCAGUUCUAAUGAGAUCAAUAGGAAGCAGAAAAGUGGUGGACGAUAGCGAUGACGACGAAGAUGUCACCCCCGUGAAAGCGCCAACACCUAAAACAAAACCGAAAAGUCAACCGAAACGCGAGGAACCGAAGGGCGAACCUACAACUAGCUCGGACUAUUUUGCUUCUAGCAAGAAGCGAGGCCGGCCUUCCAAAGCCACAACUGAGUCGAAGACCGAUGAAGGCCCUGUGAAGUCCUCUCGAACCACCGCACGGGAAGCUACGAAGAAGACCAAAACGGUUGUUGACGAUGACGAGGGUCUUGGUGGAGAUGAUAUCUUUGCAGGCCAAUACAGCAAGAAAAAGGAUGAUGACUAUGUUGCUGCCGACAGUGACGACGACGAUUUUGAGGUGCUAGAAGUCAAACCGGCAACUGCAGCAUCUAGGAGGUCACAAAACAAGCCCUCAAUUCUUGAUGAAGAAGAUGAUGCGGUCAUGGAGGAUCUGCCCAAGACUAUCCCCAAACCCGCUAAGACUGGUCGAAAGCGAAAGUCAGAGGCUCUCAUUGACGAAGAUGAAGACGGUGACUACCAAGAACCGAAGAAAAAGCCAGCAUCUCGAGCGAAGCCAUCCGCCUCUCCUGCUGCCAAGAAAGCAAAGUCCACGCCCAAGAAAAAAGAACCAGAGCCGGAGAACCCUGAUAUCCAGGCGAUCUUUGACAGCAUCCCUACCAUUAGGCCACCAUCACCACCUGCCAAGACUGGAGAGACCAAGAAGUGGCAGUUUGGUGCACAGCGUUCUCGCACUCCUCCGACUGCUGGCACAAAAGAAAUGCCUGUCGGUGCCGAAAACUGCCUAGCAGGCCUCGUGUUUGUGUUUACUGGAAUUCUCGAGACUCUGGGUCGUGAGGAGGGACAGGAAUUGGUGAAGAAGUAUGGUGGCAAAGUCACUGGAGCCCCCAGCUCCAAGACCAGUUAUGUUGUCCUCGGCAGUGAUGCUGGCCCAAAGAAACUGGAGACUAUUCAAAAGUUCAACCUCAAAACCAUCAAUGAGGAUGGCCUCUUCGAGUUGAUCCGGCGGCUGCCCGCGAAUGGCGGCUCUGGUCAAGCUGCCGAAAAGUUCGCCGCUAAGCAGAAAGUGGAGGAAGCAAAGGUCUUGAAGAUGGCAGCCGAAAUCGAGGCGGAGGAAAAGCGAAAGGAGGUGGAACAAGCCAAGUCCAGGGCCAAGGCUCAACAGAAUGGCCCAACUCCGCUUGCAUCUCAGGGCCCGCCGGUUGAUGAUCAACUUUGGACGACUAAGUAUGCGCCCACCUCAAUCAACAUGAUCUGCGGUAACAAAGGUGCCGUUGAAAAAAUCCAAAGCUGGCUGCGAAACUGGCACAAGAGUGCCAAAGCGAAUUUCAAAAAGGCUGGACCGGAAGGCUUGGGCGUGUAUCGUGCUGUUAUGAUUCAUGGCCCACCGGGAAUUGGUAAGACUACAGCUGCACACCUUUUGGCGAAGCUGGAAGGCUAUGAUAUUGUCGAAACCAACGCCAGUGAUACCAGAAGCAAGAAACUUGUUGAAAAUGGCACUUUGGGUGUCCUCGACACGACAUCUUUGCAAGGGUACUUUGCCGGAGAGGGAAAAAAUGUUCAAAGCGAGAAGCGGAACCUAGUCCUGAUCAUGGAUGAAGUCGAUGGUAUGUCAGCUGGUGACCGUGGAGGUGUUGGUGCAGUCGCAGCCAUCGUCAAAAAGACCAAUAUCCCAAUCAUUCUUAUUUGCAACGAGCGGCGGUUGCCCAAGAUGAAGCCCUUCGACCAUAUUACCCUCGACGUUCCGUUUAGACGUCCGUCGAUAGACCAACUCCGUGCCAGACUUUCAACUAUUUGCUUCCGUGAGAAGAUGAAGCUCCCCCCAUCUGUGCUGGAGGCUCUGGUUGAAGGCUCCCAUUCUGAUAUUCGGCAAAUCAUCAACAUGUUGUCUGCCAUGAAACUGGACAUAUCAACCAUGGAAGAUCAGUCAGCCAUGGAUCACGACAAAGGCAAACAAAUGGCUAAGGCGUGGGAGAAGCAUAUCAUACUCAAGCCAUGGGAUAUCACCAGCAAAAUUCUCAAUGCGCAAACGUUCGCAAAAAGCUCUACGUCGACACUCAACGACAAGACUGAACUUUACUUCAACGAUCACGAGUUUAGCUAUCUCAUGCUCCAGGAGAACUACCUGCGAACAACCCCCACUCUUGCAAAUAGAUACGAGGACGAAAAGGAGAAGAAACUGAAGGUACUCGAACUGAUUGACAAUGCAGCAUCGAGUAUCAGUGAUGGAGAUCUUGUGGACCGUAUGAUUCAUGGGACACAGCAGCAAUGGAGUCUGAUGCCGACGCACGCUAUCUUCAGCUUUGUACGGCCGGCGAGUUUCAUAUAUGGUAAUAUGAACGACAGGCCACAAUUUACCAGUUGGCUUGGCCAGAACAGCAAACAAGGCAAGCUGACACGUUUUGUCAAGGAGAUCCAAGGGCACACGCGUCUCCGUACUUCAGGCAAUCGUGACGAGAUUCGUCAACAAUAUAUGCCCUUGAUCUGGGACAAGACUGUCAAGCGCCUCAGGGAUGAGGGCAAGGAGACUGUGGACGAGGUCAUUGACUUCAUGGAUGCAUAUUUCUUGACGCGUGAUGACUUUGACGCGAUGGUGGAGCUUGGACUUGGGCCGAUGGACCAGUCAAAUGUCAAGCUGGAGACCCAGACAAAGGCCACAUUCACGCGUCUUUAUAAUUCACGCUCUCAUCCACUUCCAUUCAUGAAGGCGAGCAAUGUCAUUGCGCCAAAGAAAGAAUCCAAGGAGAGGCCUGAUGUGGAAGAUAUCGUUGAAGAAUCGGAUGAAGGAGAGGUCGUCGAUGAGGUCAAGGGUGACGAUGAGGAGGAGCUGGAUUUGAAGAAGGACAAAUAUGUCAGCGUACCCAAGAAGAAGGCUGCUGCAGCCAAAGGGAAGAAGGGAAAGAAGGCUGCUGCGACGGAUGAUGAUGGUUUUAUCGAUGAUAGCGAAGAGAAGCCGAAGAAGGGCCGCAAAACCAAGGCCAAGGCCAAGGCUUAG